CGUCACCACGGGAAGACGUCGCAUCUGGUCUUUGGGAAACACGAUUAUCGAGAAUAUAAUACGCGAGUGCUUUUGGGAUGAGCGACUGAUGGGUUGUUAAUUAGGGAUGCAAGGCGUACGUGAUGAUAUCUCUGAGUUUUGUCGUGCUUCUGACAGUGUUGGACCCUUGUGUACCCUUUUUCCAUCAUCAGUUCGCUGUUCGUGUACCUGGUGGGCCGUCGAAGGCGGACGAGAUUGCCCACGAACAUGGCUUCAUCAAUCAUGGACAGAUUGGCACCCUGAAGGAUUUUUUUCUCUUGUCACACCCACACAUUAGCAAGAGAUCGCCCAAUGCCAGCAUCGACUACGAGAUCAGACUGAAAAACGAUCCACAGGUGCGAUGGGUGAUGCAGCAACGGGAGCUCCGGAGGACGAAGCGCGACCACCACUGGACCCCUAGGCACGUCAUGAGGCAGUCCAGCUCCCCGUCAUUCCCGGAUCCAUUGUUCAAGGAACAGUGGUACUUGAAUGGAGGCGCAGCCGACGGGUUGGACAUGAACGUGGGGUACGCCUGGAGAAAGGGGUACACGGGUAAAGGGGUUGUUAUAACUAUCUUAGACGAUGGUAUCCAGCCUAACCACCCCGACCUGUCACAGAAUUAUGACCCUGCGGCAUCGACAGACAUAAACGGGAACGAUACGGACCCGACCCCGCAGGACAAUGGGGACAAUAAACACGGUACCAGGUGCGCGGGAGAGGUCGCCGCGGUCGCCUACAAUAGGUAUUGUGGCGUCGGUAUCGCAUACAAUGCCAGCAUCGGAGGCGUCCGCAUGCUAGACGGCCUUGUUAACGAUGCAGUGGAAGCGCAAGCGCUCGGAUUCAACACCCAUCACAUUGAUAUCUACAGCGCUUCCUGGGGACCCGAGGACGACGGCAAAACCGUCGAUGGCCCCGGCCCCUUAGCUAGAAGGGCUUUCAUAAAUGGAGUCACUAAUGGCAGGGGAGGCAAAGGUUCUAUUUUUAUAUGGGCGUCGGGCAACGGCGGAAGGCACACGGACUCCUGUAAUUGCGACGGCUACGCUAAUAGCAUAUUUACGAUAUCAGUAUCGAGCGCCACUCAAGGCGGAUAUAAACCUUGGUAUUUGGAGGAGUGCUCGUCCACUUUAGCGUCGACUUACAGUUCGGGAACGCCAGGAAGGGACAAAAGCGUUGCCACUGUUGACAUGGACGUUCAAUUACGGCCUGAUCACAUAUGCACAGUCGACCAUACUGGCACUUCGGCCUCUGCACCUUUAGCCGCCGGGAUAUGUGCGUUAGCUUUAGAAGCGAAUCCUUCGUUAACUUGGAGAGACAUUCAACAUCUUGUCGUUAUGACUUCACGAUCCCAGCCUUUAGAAAAGGAAGAGGGAUGGAUCGUUAAUGGCGUCAAAAGAAAAGUCAGUCAUAAGUUUGGCUACGGACUAAUGGAUGCAGCUCAAAUGGUCACAUUAGCGGAACAAUGGACUACGACGCCGCCCCAACAUAUUUGUAAGUCCCAAGAAAUAAAUGAAGAUAAAUCUAUAGAGACGUCUUUUGGCUACACUAUUUCUGUACAUAUGGACGUGAACGGCUGCAGUGGGACAAUGAACGAGGUCAGAUAUUUGGAACAUGUUCAAUGUAAAAUUUCACUGAGCUUUUUCCCAAGAGGUAAUUUGCGAAUACUGCUUACGUCGCCAAUGGGAACUACGUCUACCCUUUUAUUCGAGAGAACGCAUGACGCGAUCAGUUCCAACUUCGACGACUGGCCAUUUUUGAGUGUACAUUUUUGGGGUGAAAACGCAGAGGGCCGAUGGACGCUCCAGAUAAUAAACGCCGGGAACAAUCACGUAACACAACCGGGAGUGUUAAAAAAAUGGCAGUUAAUUUUUUAUGGCACUGCUACGAAUCCUUUACGUUUGAAUAAAGGUAAUUUCAAGACCAACUCUUAUCAGCAGGAAAAAUCCUACCACAUAAACGAUGUUUAUGAUGCUUCUGAGUAUUCCCAAUUUCUAAACGAGAUCGAGCUUGGAAUUUCCGAUCGACGAAGUUAUCCGAAAAACAUUCCCUCGGCGCAGCGAAAAAAUGUAUUGGCGGACGCGAACGAUAAGCAAGUACAGAGAUUGUGCGACCCGGAAUGCGAUUCGCAGGGCUGCUACGGGAAGGGUCCCACUCAAUGUGUUGCUUGUAAGCAUUAUCGAUUGGACAAUUCUUGUGUAUCUAGAUGCCCGCCACGUAGUUUUGUGAACCAAGGAGGCGUGUGUUGGCCCUGCCAUGAAUCGUGUGAAACGUGUGCCGGAGCAGGACAAGAUUCAUGCCUAACAUGUGCCCCGGCACAUUUACUUGUCAUUGAUUUAGCUGUAUGCCUUCAACAAUGCCCCGAUGGGUAUUACGAAGAUCCCGAUGCGAAUGCUUGUUAUCCCUGUGCGGAACACUGCGAUAUGUGCUCAGAACGUGCAGAUAUGUGCUCCUCGUGCGCCCAUAAUUAUGUUCUGUAUAAUGGAUCUUGUUUAGCCGCAUGCCCACCCGGCACAUUCCAAAAAGACGAUUUCGGUUGCAUGCCCUGCGACGAAACAUGCGAGUCUUGUCAUGGACCGAGCAACACGGAUUGUGUUUCAUGUAAAAUAGGAGCUUAUGCUUUUAAAAACCGCUGUAUCCCUAAAUGUCCCGUGGGGUACUACGCAGAUGCACAAAGAAGAGAAUGCUUACCAUGUCCAAUCGGUUGUUCAAUUUGCACGUAUGCCGUUUGUUCCGUUUGCAAAGAGAAAUGGAUUCUUACUAAAGGAGGAAAUUGUCUUCCGGAUGGCAAUGACAAAUGCGACACCAGCGAGUAUCACGAGGGAGGUCGUUGUAAAAAUUGCCAUUCGACUUGCGAGAAAUGUAGCGGUCCAAAUGAGUGGGAUUGUUUAUCUUGUUCAAGCCCUUUGUUAUUGCAAGGAUCGAGAUGUGUAGCUGAAUGUGGACAAGGGUUUUACCAGACCGCUGGUAGAUGUUCGCCGUGUUUGCACACAUGUUCUUCUUGUGUUUCGAGAUUGAAUUGCACGUCUUGUGCUGGUGCCUUACGCCUGCAAUCUGGGACUUGUCGGGCGACUUGUGCGCCCGGCUAUUAUCCUGAUGAAGGGACGUGUUCGAAGUGUUAUUUAUCAUGUGAGACAUGUACCGGGCCUCGAAGAGAUCAAUGUGCUUCCUGUCCUCCCGGUUGGAGAUUGGCAGCAGGGGAGUGUAGACCAGAAUGUCCUCAGAACUUUUUUCCCUGGGGGGACAGUUGCCGUCGCUGUCAUCAUUACUGCCAAGAUUGUCACGGCGCAGGACCACAACGGUGUACGUCUUGCCCACCACACUUUUCGUUGGAAGGUGGGCUGUGUGUGGAGUGCCUUAGUUCCCAGUAUUAUGAGCCAAGAACGAGGACCUGCCGUCCAUGUCAUGACUCGUGCAGAUCAUGUUCAGGACCCGGUCCAACUAGUUGUGUCACUUGUGCACAUCCACUGCGAUUAGAUAGGGUGAAUCAAAAAUGCUUGCCGUGCUGUACGGAAAGCUUAUCGUUGUACACCAGUUACAAUCAAACUGAUUGUUGUCACUGUGAUAAAGACAUUGGUGGUUGUCUUAACGGAUCGUCGGCUGGCAAGCGGCGGAUAGCUGAAAACAUACGAACACACAUAACUAGGUCAUUCUUUGUUGACGAUUCUAUCAAAGAUUCCAGUAUCAUAGACCGCAACUUGCUGACUGUAUGGAGUAUAGGCUCUACUUUAUUGGCUGUUAUAGCCAUUGUCAUUAUUAUUAAGCUAAAAACAAGGCGGCAAAACCAUCACGCUUUGUUUCCGAAAACAGAAUACUCCCAACUGACCACCGUCGAUGAGGAUCUGGUAGUUCUAACGUCAUCAACUACACUGGCCAGUGAAAACAGACAAACUAUGUGUGAGGAACCAACAUAGCGAAAUAUGUCAAUACCGGUAGAUUAUACAAUACAGACUGAAAUGUAGAUGGAUUACAAAUUGUACAUAUUUGUAUAACCGUUGACGAAUGUCAUAGAGUGGAUAUGAUAUUUAAUAUCUAGAUACGAUUUUGUUUUUAUCUAUUAAAUGCUAUUUAUGUUACUUGGUCCGUUACUAUAAAAAUCUUUUGCAAAAAUAUAUAUUUAUGGUCUAAAAAAAAAGGUGUAGCAUAUCCAAAAAAAAUACUAUAAAAAUGUUUUAAAAUUUGUGGCCGUCCAAAUUAAAAAGGACCUUAUGGCGCCCGGCACUUCGCCAUUAUUGCCGUUGUUUUGUAUUCGAACAGCUGCCAUAAGGUCCCUUUUGAUUUAGACGGCCACAUUUAAUAUAAUCUAAAUAUUAUAUUU